GAUUGGGUGGCGGCGCGGUUAUGUCAGGGAGCGAAUGGGGGAACGCUCCGCCUGCGUGUUCUAGGCGGCUCCUGGCUCUAGCGGGGCGGGCUCCGAAUAAAAUCCAAUCGUCCCCUGACAGCCAGCCAGCGGCCAGCCCAUCUCUCUCCCCAUCCACCACCAUGUCCACCAGCCUCGUCGCCCGCGCACUCCCCGGUGUUGCCCGCUCGGCGUCGACCUCCCUCGCCCUCGUCUCCCGCCGCCCCCCACACCCCCACCAUGCCCUCCAGCGCCGCUUCGAGAGCACCAUCGAGAGCGCCGUCGCCACGAAGGCCAAGGUCGUCAAGACCCUCCCCGACUUCUCCAUGGCCAACAAAGUCUGCAUGGUCACCGGCGCCGCCCGCGGUCUCGGCAACGAGUUCUGUCGCGCCUUCGCGCAGUCCGGUUGCACACAGCUCGCCAUCCUCGACCUGAAGGAGGACGAGGCGCAACAGGCUGCCGACGAGCUCGUCAAGGAAUCAUGCGUUGACAGUGACAUGGACCCGAGUGACUACAACAUCAUUGGCAUUGGAUGCGACGUCUCGUCCGAGCUCAGUGUGCAGCAGGCGUACAGGAGGGUCAUGGACAGGUACGGCCGCAUAGACUCGGUCGUUGCCUCCGCCGGAAUCGUCGAGAACUACUCUGCCUUUGACUACCCCUUUGACCGGAUAAAGCGCUUGUAUGAUAUCAACGUUCAUGGCGCAUUCUUCACCGCGCGGGAAGCUGCGCGCCACAUGAUACCCCAGGGCGGAGGCAGCAUCGUCCUCGUCGCGUCCAUGUCUGCGAACAUCGUGAACAUCCCCCAGCCCCAGACGCCAUACAACGCGGCAAAGGCCGCGGUGAAGCACAUGGCCGCUUCGCUGGCCGUGGAGUGGGCAAAGAAGGGAGUUCGCGUCAACUGCCUCAGCCCCGGCUACAUGCUCACCAAGCUCACCAAGACCAUUCUCGCGCACGACACGGAGCUCAAGAAAACGUGGGAGAGUCUGACACCUAUGGGUCGCAUGGGAGACCCAGAAGAUUUGGCUGGCGCUGUCGUCUUCCUGUCGAGUGACGCCUCCCGCUUCAUGACAGGCUCCGAGAUCCGUGUCGACGGCGGUUACUGUAUCAUUUAGGCGUCACGGUUGGCGCUCCGGUGGCCGUCGCACAUUUGGAACGAAGUCGUGCUUUCUCCAGCAGCAAAUAAGAAGCAGCAAAAGUCAAAUAAACAUCUCACUCCCUCUGGCAGAAAUAGAACUAACUUACAUACUCCAUACCUCUCUCGGACUCGUGCUCCCGCCCCAUCUACAUCUACUGAUACAGUUACGGCCUACAUCGCACCUAUACUUUGUUUACUACGGGCCAAGUCACUUUGGUACGCUACUAGGGACGGCGUGUACUGUGGUAAUCAAGUAGUAUAUUGAGAACGUUACUGGGUUGGUGUCGUAGUAGGCCGGAUAAUUUUAUUGUCUCUGCAUCGCAA